GGUAAAUAAUGAGGAAAGUGUUUUUAAUAAUUCUGAUAUUAAUUCUUCGUCCGUUAUAAAUAAUGAAAAGCAAUUACUCCGUGUAAUAACUGUAGAAUCUGAUGAUCGUUCCUUAGCGUUAUCACUUGACAUGGAGUAUACUUCACAAUCUUUGGCUGUUAAUGCGAACGUUAAAAGCGUCACAAUCAUUCCAAUACCGAUACAAAAGCAUGUACGUAUAAAUGUUUUGCAUAAUGGUCAGAGACGGGUAAAGCCUUAUAAGACUGCAGAGUCUGAUAGCGUACUUAUGACAUCACACACUUAUGUUGUAUCAUUGAGAGAUGGGCUAAAUUUAAUUGACGUUUGGGUCAAACCUAAAGAUAAUGAUUUUCGAAAGGAGAGAAAAACAAGGAGAAAAAGUAAAAGAUUAGCGGUUGAAGAGGAUAUAAAUGAUGGUGAAUCAAGGGCUAUUGAUAAAGGAAAAAUGAAAGAGUAUGUUGAAAGAGAAGACAAUGCAGAAGGCACCGAUCUAGAUAAUUCGGAAAUGGUGCAAUCUGACGAAGAGGAAGAUUAUAAUUUGGAAUGUAGUCGAAAAUAUGAACUCUUCAUUACAAGAUUAGAAAUGAAUGUCGCAAAAUGA